AUGGCCAUGGUGGCCGGCGCUUGGGGCGAACCGAACGGCGGCGGAGGCGGCGGCGGCGGCCCCGGCGGCGGCCCCGGAGCCGGUGGCGGUGGCGGAGGGCCGGAGGAAGCGGCGUCCCCCGGUGGUGGCGGCAGCGACGCGGAGCACGGCGAGGAGGAGCGGCCCGGGGCCGGCGCGGACUGCGUGGUGUGCGGGGACAAAUCCAGCGGGAAGCACUACGGGGUGUUCACCUGCGAGGGCUGCAAGAGCUUCUUCAAACGCAGCAUCCGCAGGAACCUCAGCUACACCUGCAGAUCCAACCGGGAUUGCCAGAUCGACCAACACCACCGGAACCAGUGCCAGUACUGCCGCCUCAAAAAGUGCUUCCGAGUGGGAAUGAGGAAGGAAGGUAGGCACGGCAGCGUCAUGGGCAUCGACAACAUCUGCGAGCUGGCCGCCCGCCUCCUCUUCAGCACCGUGGAGUGGGCCCGGAACAUUCCGUUCUUCCCGGAGCUGCCCGUGUCGGACCAGGUGGCGCUGCUGCGGCUGAGCUGGAGCGAGCUGUUCGUGCUGAACGCGGCGCAGUCGGCGCUGCCCCUGCACAUGGCGCCGCUGCUGGCGGCCGCCGGCUUCCACGCCUCGCCCAUGUCGGCCGACAGGGUGGUGGCUUUCAUGGAUCAGAUCCGGGUCUUCCAGGAGCAGGUGGACAAGCUCAACCGGCUGCAGGUGGACUCGGCCGAGUACAGCUGCCUCAAGGCCAUCGCGCUCUUCACGCCGGACGCCUGCGGGCUGUCGGACGCGUCGCACGUGGAGGCGCUGCAGGAGAAGGCGCAGGUGGCCCUGACCGAGUACGAGCGCUCGCAAUUCCCGGCGCAGCCGCAGCGAUUCGGGCGCCUCCUGCUGCGGCUGCCGGCGCUGCGGGCCGUGCCCGCCUCGCUCAUCUCCCAGCUCUUCUUCAUGCGCCUGGUGGGGAAAACGCCCAUCGAGACCCUGAUCCGGGACAUGCUCCUGUCCGGCAGCACCUUCAACUGGCCCUACGGGGCCGGGCAGUAG